AUGGUUCAAAGGCUUAUUUACCGGUCACGCCACUCUUACGCCACCAAGUCCAACCAACAACGCAUCGUCAAAACUCCCGGUGGGAAAUUGACUUACCAGACGGCGAAGAAGACAGGUAGUGGACCUAAAUGCCCUGUCACUGGCAAGAGAAUCCAAGGGAUUCCGCAUUUGAGACCCACUGAGUACAAAAGGUCGAGGUUGUCAAGGAACCGGAGGACAGUAAACCGUGCCUAUGGUGGUACUCUUUCUGGAGUCGCUGUUAGGGAGAGGAUUGUGAGGGCCUUCUUGGUUGAAGAGCAGAAGAUUGUGAAGAAGGUUUUGAAGCUUCAGAAAGCAAAGGAGAAGGCUGCACCAAAGAAUUAG